UGAGCGGUGCAGCUGGUGUCAGAGCCGGGCGAGCACUGGCAGUUCCGCGGCGGGGAUGCUGAGAAGCGCUGGGUUCGCGAGUAGCCCUGACCACUGCGGACUUCCGAGGCGCUUCAAGCCGUGAAAACCUCUGUGCCGCGGCCAAUCCCAGGCUCCUGAGGCUAUUCACCCCUCCUGAAGCCGGACGAGGGGAGAGUCCAGCGCAGCGGCUGUUGUUCCCGGAUCCUGGGCUUGCGGAGCGUUCUGGAACCCCAGGAGACACCCCGCGACUCUAGAACCUCCCCAGGGGCCUCCAGUCCCGGCUUCCUGCGCGCGUCUGUCCGAAAACCCUUUGGGUUCACCAGCGGUCGGCGAGCCGCGGCUGUGUCCUGGCGCACACCAUGAUCGUUGCGGACUCCGAGUGCCGCGCCGAGCUUAAGGGCUACCUGCCCGGGGCCGGAGAGGAGCCAAGGGAGAGCCGGACUCGGCGAGGCCCUCGAGGGCCCAGCGCCUUCAUCCCAGUGGAGGAGGUCCUUCGGGAGGGAGCUGAGAGCCUGGAGCAGCACCUGGGGCUGGAGGCGCUGAUGUCCUCGGGGCGGGUGGACAACCUGGCGGUGGUGAUGGGCCUGCAUCCCGACUACUUUACCAGCUUUUGGCGCCUGCACUACCUGCUGCUGCACACAGAUGGGCCCUUGGCCAAUUCCUGGCGCCACUACAUCGCCAUCAUGGCUGCUGCCCGCCACCAGUGUUCCUACCUGGUGGGCUCCCACAUGGCUGAGUUUCUGCAGACUGGCGGUGACCCUGAGUGGCUGCUCGGCCUCCACCGUGCCCCUGAGAAGCUGCGCAAACUCAGCGAGGUUAACAAGCUGCUGGCACAUCGGCCGUGGCUCAUCACCAAAGAGCACAUCCAGGCCUUGCUGAAGACAGGCGAGCACAGCUGGUCCCUGGCCGAGCUCAUCCAGGCCCUGGUCCUGCUCACCCACUGCCACUCGCUGGCCUCCUUUGUGUUCGGCUGCGGCAUCCUCCCCGAGGGGGACCCAGAGGGCAGCCCUGCCCCCCAGGCCCCUUCACCGCCCAGUGAGCAGAGCACUCCCCCCAGCAGGGACCCACUGAACCACUCUGGGGGCUUUGAGGCCGCCCGCGACGUGGAAGCUCUGAUGGAGCGCAUGAGGCAGCUGCAGGAGAGCCUGCUGCGGGACGAGGGAGCGUCCCAGGAGGAGAUGGAGAGCCGCUUUGAGCUGGAGAAGUCGGAGAGCCUGCUGGUGACCCCCUCAGCUGACAUCCUGGAGCCCUCUCCAAACCCAGACAUGCUGUGCUUUGUGGAAGACCCCACUUUUGGAUAUGAGGACUUCACCCGGCGAGGGACUCAGGCGCCCCCCACCUUCCGCGCCCAGGAUUAUACUUGGGAAGACCACGGCUAUUCGCUGAUCCAGCGGCUCUACCCCGAGGGAGGGCAGCUGCUGGAUGAGAAGUUCCAGGCAGCCUAUAGCCUCACCUACAACACCAUCGCCAUGCACAGUGGCGUAGACACCUCCAUGCUCCGCAGGGCCAUCUGGAAUUACAUCCACUGCGUCUUUGGCAUCAGAUAUGAUGACUACGACUACGGGGAGGUGAACCAGCUCCUGGAGCGGAACCUCAAGGUCUAUAUCAAGACAGUGGCCUGCUAUCCAGAGAAGACCACCCGAAGAAUGUACAACCAUUUCUGGAGACACUUCCGCCACUCAGAGAAGGUCCAUGUGAACUUGCUGCUCCUGGAGGCCCGCAUGCAAGCCGCCCUGCUCUACGCCCUCCGGGCCAUCACCCGCUACAUGACCUGACUCGCGCGCAGCACCUGGGCCCGGCGCAGCUGACCUGGGGGGCAUCCUUCUCCCUGCAAGGACUUCUCUAUCUGGAGACAGACCCUCAUCCCUUCCUGUCCAUGCCCACCCACUCUACUCCGGGGGGUGGGCCCAUGUGUGAUGUGCAGCCCCCGAGCCACACCCUCUUUUUUGUCACUGGAAUGGACAGGAUCAUCGCACUGACUCUGGGAUCUCAGCUCUGCCCCUGGGAGCUGGAAGAGGACUAGCAGAUUCCCAGGGGCCAGGCCCUCCUUCCUGAUCUGGCCCCACCGAGGCAGAGGGCACAGGAAGGAGAAUGGGCUGAGCUCAGAUUUGUGUGCCAGCAGGCAGGGCCCUGGGCACCACAUGUACUGUAGCCUUCCUGGAUGGGGCAGUCCCUGGCUGGCCUCCGAGGGACAGGGACACACACCUCCAGGGGCUGACACUCCAAGCGACUUUGCCUUUCCUCCCUCUCCCCUAUCCUCAGACUUCAUUACCUCUCACCCGCCAUUCACCCAUCAAUGUGAAAGUCAGGGUCACAGCUGGUCUGUUCAUCCGUCUCCCCCAAAGCGUGUUCUAUCUGGCCGCAGGCCCCUAGUUUCCCCAAUCUAGUUCAGUACCUCUGACCUCCUUCGCCCUCUUACACUUUCCUCCCACUCCUGGUGGUGUGAGUCCCCAGGAGAGAGACCAAGCACAUCAAACAAGUAGUUUAUCUCUAGAGAGUUUGGAGUCUCUGUCGGUCACUUUGUCUUCUGAAGAGGAGGGAGUAUUAUAUUCUAAAUGUUCUGUAUUUUAGUUCUUUAUGAGUGAGGUUCUUCAGGGCCUCGCCCCAGAGCCACAAUCAAUGACCAAGCAGAGGACAGGGAGAAAUCUGUUCUCCCCAGAGCUACACCUGCCCUGCAGAGGCUGGCACCCCUCUCUCCUGUCUCCCAUGGCUCUGCCACAGACAUUUGCCAAAAAGAUGAGACUUUCUAGCUGGGUUAGGUGACAUGGGGCUCAAGGGGAGAGGCAGGAGACCCCAGCAUUCUUGCAUGGGCCCUGCCAUUGGCCAGGUGACCAUGGUUAUGUGGCCGAACCCCUCUGGCCUUCCUUUCCACAGUUGCAGACUGAGCGGUAGGACUCAGUUUCUGUGAUGUCUGAGUCCCCUCAGGUCAAACUGCCAGCAGCAAACUGCAAACCUUGCAGGAUCUUGAGGGCCUCUGGGAACCCCACCUCUUGCAGUCAGUCUCUCCGGGCUGCCUGCCAAGGACCUCCCCACCCCUGAUCCCAGUUUCUGUCCCUUCUCGAUUUUUAUGUGGAUUGCUUGGAGGCAGAAGCAGCCAAGGACUGAUCCCAGGCACUUUCUGUAGCAAACAAGCUGUGAAUUAUGACUUGCCUUCCUUUCUUCUGGCAGUAUGUGCUUCCUCUCUGACCAGCUGGGAGGUGACGGAAGAAAGGCAAGGGCCAAGUUGCUGCUGCUUCUGACCCUCCACCUCUCUGGGGUGGGGCAGGAGAGGAGCCUGGUCACUGUGCCACAUUUCAUACCCAUGCAGGCAUGGGUGAGUGACUGACACCCCCUUUGGGCCUCAAAGCCCUCCCUGCAAGGAAGCUGGGCAGGAGGAAGAAGGCCCCAGCAUUAAAGUUUGAAUUCUAGAGGGGACAUGAUGACUGUAAAUGUCCCCGGGUGGAUGGGGAGGGGUAUCCAGUGUUCAAGUGCAGAAAUCUUUGCCUUUGCUACCAGUUCUGUGUGAUGAGAAAUAAAAGUUCACCAAGGUGUUGUUUUGUA